AGUAAAAUAGUACUUGUUUCUUUUGUUAUUCUUGUAUUGUUAGUGUCUACAUACAUAUAUGUAAAUAUUUAAGCUUUACAGUUAAAUUGUGGGAUGAAUUUGUAUUGUGCAAACCGUAUAUGAGGCAAUUUAACUAUUUACAUUAAAUAUAUUUUUCUACUCAGUCUAAAAUAAUUUAUUGUAAUAAAAAUGCGCUAAAAUGAAAUUUAUUCAAUAUUGAGUUCAUGCUUUAUUAAAGAAAGUUCUGUAUGUGGUGAAAAAAGGUCAUACAAAAAGAAAAGUAUCGAAAUAUUAGGAGAUUGUUAAAAUCGGCUCAUUGUGUUGCCUAAAACUCAUAAGUAUUGAUCAAUAAGGUUCUCAUAAGUCGACAAAAUGAUUGGACCAACUUUCUUUUCCAAUGCUGAACAUGUACACAAGAGAUGCUCCAUUUUUUUACGGUGCCUUGCUUUUGACUUUUCUGGCAGGCUUCUUGAUCUGUCAGCCCCAUUCUGCAGGCAUGUGCGGGCAUCAGCGAGUACUAGUGAGGAAAGGACGUGUGCAAAAUUUCAGAUGAUCAGAUCUCAGAAAUUGAUGGACUAGUUGGCGUAUAUACGGACAGACGGUGGGGCAAACAGAUGUGGUGGUGUUUAUUUUUAUAUUUACUUACCCGGCCAAGGGCUGUUAUUUUAGAGAUCUAAGAAAAAAAUAACUCAUAUGCAACACUUAACUGUUUUACACAUUCUAUUUUUUGAUAUUUCAAUUCAUUCUGAAGAGUGUCAGACAAUAUUUUUUUUAUUUUGCAUUUUACCUUUAAAAACUUAAUUUUUUUGAGAAAUAAUUUUCUGUCGUCAAGCGAAAUUUAGUUUUUUGUGACCUCGGCAGAGUAGUUUUCUUUGAAAAGCACCAACCGCGUUAUGAAGAACCCGCUCUGGUUUAUUUUCUGGCUAUUAGUUUUACUUCUUUUCGCAUUUUUUGUGGCUUUCUUCGCAUCAUUCUUUUACAUAUUGUUCUAUAUGUUUGAGGCAUGCUGUGGAUGCUGGAAUGGCAUAAACAAUUUUCUUCUGAAAUGCGUACAAUUUCCACAUUAUUGCGCCGAAGCCAUGCUUGAAUGCAGAUCUCCAUGCUAAAGACUGACAUUUUAUAGUAAAUGCUUAUACAAAUGUAAAUCUAUACAUAUUUAUAAUAUAUAUAUAUUAUAU